AUGGACCUUCUUUCUUUCAUGGUUUUAUUUGCAUGCAUACUUGUUUCCUCUCUCAAAAUAUCUGUAGCAAAUGAUUCUAUUAAGGUGUCCCAAUCUAUGCAUGAUGGGAAAACCUUGGUGUCAAAAGGUGGAAAGUUCGAACUUGGCUUUUUCAGCCCAGGCAGCUCCCAAAAACGUUACUUGGGAAUUUGGUACAAGAAUAUCCGAAUUCAGACAGUUGUUUGGGUUGCAAAUAGGGAAAACCCUAUCAAUGAUUCCUCAGGCAUCUUAACAGUGAACUCCACAGGCAAUCUCGUUCUCACCCAAAAUGAGUCUCUUGUUUGGUACACCAACUCUCACAAACAAGCACAAAAUCCAGUGGUAGAGCUCUUGGACAGUGGCAAUCUUGUGAUAAGAAAUGAAGGAGACACAGACACAGAAGGUUACUUGUGGCAAAGCUUUGACUAUCCUUCUGAUACACUCUUGCCGGAGAUGAAGCUGGGAAGUGACCUCAGAACCGGUUUGGAACGGAAAUAUAUUGCAUGGAAGAGUCCAGAUGAUCCAUCACCAGGAGAUAUUUUUAGGGUUUUGAAACUCUACAACUAUCCUGAGAUUUACAUGAUGAAGGGAACACAAAAGUUGUUCCGGUAUGGACCUUGGAAUGGACUAUGCUUUAGUGGAAUAGCAGAUCUACGGAAUAAUAGCAUUUAUGGCUUCAAUUUUGUGAGAAAUAAGGAUGAAGUUUACUACACCUUUAGCCUCGUAAGUGAUCAUGUCAUCACCAGAACUGUAACAAACCAAUCAGGUUCAAUUUCUCGUUAUGUUUGGGCGGUGGGUGAAGAUCAAGAUUGGAAAGUCUAUAGAUCCUACCCUAAAGAGUUUUGUGACACUUAUAGCCUCUGUGGACCCUACGGUUACUGCGUAAGUACUCAAUCACAAUCCUGCCAAUGUUUAAAAGGUUUCAGUCCAAAGUCACCAGAAAGAUGGAACUCUUCUGAUUGGAGUCAAGGAUGUGUGCGCAAUAAACCAUUAAGGUGCAAAGACAAACUCACGGAGGGGUUUGUGAAAUUUAAAGGCCUCAAAGUUCCAGAUACUACAAGUACUUGGCUGGAUGAGAGUAUUGGUCUAGAGGAAUGUAGAGUCAAGUGCUUGAAUAAUUGUUCUUGCAUGGCCUUUACUAAUUCAGAUAUUAGAGGUGGAGGUAGUGGUUGUGCCAUGUGGUUUGGAGAACUCGUUGACAUGAAAAUGUAUGUAAUUGGUGGCCAAGAUCUCUAUAUCAGGAUGGAUGCUUCUGAGUUAGAACCUGUACAUAGGCACAAGAAGAAGAUGGGAACAAUAGUUGCUGCCACUGUAGCAGCAAUUUGUGGGGUUCUUAUUCUUCUAAGUACUUAUUUUGUUUGCGGAAUUCGGAGAAACAAUGCUGGAAACUCAUUGUCGGAAGUUUACAAUGAAAAACAUAUGGAUGAUCUAGACAUCCAAUUGUUUGAUCUACUAACAAUUGCAACAGCCACUAAUGACUUCUCCACGAAAAAUAAGAUCGGAGAAGGUGGUUUCGGGCCUGUAUACAAGGGAAUAUUAACAAAUGGACAAGAAAUUGCUGUAAAGACACUAUCAAGGAGCUCGUGGCAAGGAGUAACAGAGUUCAUAAAUGAAGUAAAAUUGAUUGCAAAACUUCAACAUCGGAGCCUUGUAAAACUUCUUGGUUGUUGCAUUCAAGAACAAGAAAAAAUGCUAAUUUAUGAGUACAUGGCAAACGGUAGCCUAGACUCCUUCAUUUUUGAUGAUAGAAAAAGUAAAUUGCUACAAUGGCCUGAACGCUUCCAUAUAAUUUGUGGAAUUGCAAGAGGACUUAUGUAUCUUCAUCAAGAUUCCCGAUUAAGAAUUAUUCAUAGAGAUCUCAAAGCAAGUAACAUCCUUCUUGAUGAAAAUUUAUGUCCAAAAAUAUCAGAUUUUGGAAUUGCCAGAACUUUUGGAGGAGACCAAUUUGAAGGAAGCACAAGUAGAGUAGUUGGGACUAGUGGGUAUAUGGCACCAGAGUAUGCGGUUGAUGGGUUAUUUUCGGUGAAAUCUGAUGUUUUUAGUUUUGGCAUUUUAGUGUUGGAGAUAGUAUGUGGAAAGAGAAACAAAGGACUUUAUCACACUGACAUGAAUCAUAACCUCGUUGGUCAUGCAUGGACAUUAUGGAAAUCAGGCAAGAUGUUAGAUUUGAUUGACUUGAACAUGAAAGAGUCAUUAUGCGUUGUACAAGAAGUACUACGUUGCCUCCAUGUUAGUCUUUUGUGUGUGCAGCAAUACCCAGAAGAUAGGCCAACAAUGAUGUCCGUGAUUCUAAUGUUGGAGAGUAACAUGGAAUUGGUUGAUCCUAAAGAACAUGGUUUCAUUUCAAGAAAUACUUUAGGUGAAAUUGAUUUACGAUCAAAUAGAAAAGACACGUGUUCAAGUACUGAUGUGACAAUGACCUUGUUAGAAGCACGAUAAAACUCACAAAAACUAGUUCGGCUUGCAUUAAAUAAAGAUAUAUAAGAAUAUUUUUAGGAACAUGUAUAAAAUAAUUGUA